AUGGUUCCCCAGCAAGGAUGUAUUAUCGAAGCCAUGUCCCAAGGGAUAUGCGCCCCCACGAACCAGACAUGCAUCUGCACGAGCGACAACUUCCAGGGACUCGUCACCGAAUGUGUCUCCAAGUCCUGCACAAUCCCAGACUCGCUGACCACCAAGAAUGUCAGCGCCACAAGCUGCCACGCGCCUGUCCGUGACAAGGCCGAGUCGCACGUCAUCCUCACCAUCGCCAUGAUCGUCAUGGGCAUCGUCUUUGUCGUCAUCCGCUUCGUCUACAAGAUGGUCUACAUGCAGACCGAGCUCGGCCUGGACGACUGGCUCAUCGUGGCCACCAUCAUCGCCACCGUCCCCUCCGCCUGCAUCACCCUCUUCGGCACCACCAAGCACGGUCUGGGGCGCGACAUCUGGACCGUCGCCCACAGCGACAUCACCCUCAUGCUCAAGUACUUUUACGGCAUGGCCAUUAUGUACUUUGUCGAGACGACGCUGGUCAAGCUGAGCAUCAUCGCCUUCUACAUGCGCAUCUUCCCCGCCCGCAACACGCAACGCCUUCUCUGGGGCACCUUUUGGUUCGCCAGCGCCUGGGGCACCUGCUAUGUCAUCCUCGCCAUCUUCCAGUGCCGGCCCGUCAACUACUUCUGGCUCAAGUGGGACGGCCUGCACGAGGGCAGCUGUCUCGAGGCCAACGCCAUCGCCUGGUCCAACGCCAUCAUCAACAUCUGCCUCGACGUGUGGAUCCUCGCCAUCCCCCUGUGGGAGCUGCGCGCGCUGCAGCUGCACUGGAAGAAGAAGGUGGGCGUGGCGCUCAUGUUCUGCGUCGGCACAUUCGUCACCGUCGUCAGUAUCCUCCGCCUGCAGAGUCUCGUGCACUUUGCCACCAGCAGCAACAUCACCUGGCAGUUCUACGACAUUUCCGUCUGGUCGACGAUUGAGAUCUGCGUCGGCGUCGCGUGCGCCUGUCUCCCCACCGUGCGUCUGCUGCUCGUCAAGAUCUUCCCCAAGCUGGCCGGCUCGACGCGGCGCACCGACUACUACGAGAACCGCUACGGCCACGCCUCGGGCAACAAGUCGGCCACGCAGAAGAGCAGGAACGUGGCCGUCGUCACCGCCGACCGCGACAGGCGGAGGAGGGACAGCAAGGGGUCGGCCGAGUCGCCGGAUGGUUCGAUCCAGGGCAGCAGCGGCGGGGCCGGCAUCGUGUACCAGAAGACGUAUGCGGUGCAGUACAGCGACAACGACGAGGCCAGUCUGGUGCGGAUGGCCAGUCUGGAUGCACAUGGGCGCAAGUCAUGA